AUGGCGGAGCGCGGUCAGCUCCCUCCCCCCGCCAAGCGCCUCUGCUGCAGACCGGGCUACGGCGCCGGGUGCAGGCCGGGCCAGCGGGCGAUGGGCGGCGGCGAAGGAGGCCUGGGCGGCGGCGGGGCGCUAUGCGUAGCGGGACCCUCCUCUUCUGCCGCUGCCGCCGCCGCCGCCUUCUCGCCCGCCCUGGCCGCCGCCUACGCCGCGCUGGGGGUGCUGCCGCUGGGCAAGACGCAGAGCCCGGAGUCGCUGCUGGACAUCGCGGCGCGGCGCGUGGCGGAGAAGUGGCCGUUCCAGCGGGUGGAGGAGCGGUUCGAGCGCAUCCCGGAGCCCGUCCAGCGCCGCAUCGUCUACUGGUCCUUCCCCCGCAGCGAGAGGGAGAUCUGCAUGUACUCCUCCUUCAACGCCGGCGCCGCCGCCGACGAUAACGCCACCGCCGCCAGCAACGCCUCGGCAGCCGCCGCCGCCCCGGGCGGAGGGUCCAGCGCCGUCGGGUCCACCGGCACCGCCGCCGGCACCGCCUCGGCCGUCGCGGCCGGCAACAGCGGCACCAACAACAGCGCCGCGCCCGGGGGCGGAGGCGGCGGCAGCGGCGGAGCAGCGGACGCCGCCGCCGACGAGAGCCGGCUGCCUUUCCGCAGGGGGAUCGCGCUGCUCGACGGCGGCUGCGUCGACAACGUCCUGCAAGUCGGUUUCCACCUGAGUGGCACAGUGACCGAGCCUGCGGCGCAGUCGGAGCCAGAAACUGUUUGCAAUGUAGCUAUCAGCUUUGAUCGUUGCAAGAUUACCUCAGUGACCUGUAGCUGUGGAAACAAAGACAUAUUUUACUGUGCCCACGUUGUGGCUCUUUCUUUAUAUCGGAUCCGCAAGCCAGAUCAGGUCAAGCUGCAUCUUCCUAUUUCAGAAACUCUAUUUCAGAUGAACAGAGACCAGCUGCAAAAGUUUGUACAGUAUUUGAUCACAGUGCACCACACAGAAGUUUUGCCAACUGCUCAGAAAUUAGCAGACGAAAUCCUUUCUCAGAAUUCAGAGAUCAAUCAAGUUCAUGGUGCCCCUGACCCAACAGCAGGUGCUAGCAUAGAUGAUGAGAAUUGCUGGCAUCUGGAUGAAGAGCAGGUCCAGGAACAGGUUAAACUCUUCCUCUCCCAGGGUGGAUACCACGGAUCAGGGAAGCAGCUCAACUUACUUUUUGCAAAGGUGCGAGAGAUGUUAAAGAUGAGAGAUUCCAAUGGCGCUCGAAUGCUGACACUGAUAACGGAACAGUUCAUGGCCGACCCGCGGCUGUCGCUAUGGAGGCAACAAGGAACAGCGAUGACGGACAAGUACAGGCAGCUUUGGGAUGAGCUAGGUGCUCUUUGGAUGUGUAUAGUCUUAAAUCCCCAUUGCAAGGUGGAACAGAAGGCUAGUUGGUUGAAGCAGCUGAAAAAGUGGAACAAUGUUGAUGUAUGUCCCUGGGAAGAUGGGAACCAUGGAAAUGAUCUGCCCAGUCUAACCAAUGCUUUGCCUCAGGGUGCAAAUGCAAUCCAAGAUUCAUCAAACAGGUCUCACCGGACAGUGUUCACUCGAGCCAUUGAGGCCUGUGAUCUCCACUGGCAGGACAGCCAUUUGCAGCACAUAAUCAGCAGUGACCUGUACACCAACUACUGUUACCAUGAUGACGCUGAAAACUCGCUUUUCGAUUCUCACGGGUGGCCCCUCUGGCACGAACACGUGCCCACGGCCUGUGCGAGGGUGGAUGCGUUAAGGUCUCACGGCUAUCCAAGAGAAGCGCUGCGACUGGCAAUAGCUGUUGUUAAUACUCUAAGGAGGCAGCAGCAGAAACAGCUGGAAAUGUUCCGGUUUCAGAAGAAAGAACUUCUUCACAAAGGAGUAACCUCUAUCACUAACCUGGAAGGCUGGGUUGGCCACCCACUGGACCCUAUUGGCACUCUUUUCAGUAGCCUUAUGGAAGCCUGUAGGGUGGAUGAAGAGAGCUUCCAUGUGUUCCCAGACUUCACAGAGAACAUGGGCCAGUACAAAUCUCUGGAGUACUAUCACCUGCCUGCGCACAAGUUCUUAGAAGAAGGGGAAUCUUACUUAACUCUGGCUGUGGAAGUGGCACUGAUUGGGCUGGGACAGCAGCGGAUCAUGCCAGAUGGCUUGUAUGCACAAGAGAAAGUUUGUCGGAAUGAGGAGCAGCUGAUUUCCAAGCUACAGGAAAUCGAACUGGAUGACACGCUGGUGAAGAUUUUCCAAAAGCAAGCAGUCUUCCUAUUAGAAGCUGGGCCCUAUAGUGGUCUAGGUGAAAUCAUCCAUCGAGAGAGCGUUCCCAUGCACACAUUUGCCAAGUAUCUCUUCACCUCUCUCCUACCUCACGAUGCUGAACUGGCAUACAAAACUGCACUGAGAGCAAUGCGGUUACUAGUAUUGGAAUCGACAGCUCCAUCGGGAGACAUGUCCCGCCCACAUCACAUUGCAUCAGUGGUUCCAAACCGGUAUCCCCGUUGGUUCACCCUGAGUCACAUUGAAUCUCAGCAGUGCGAGUUGGCAUCAACAAUGCUAACAGCAGCCAAAGGUGACAUUCGAAGGCUUGAAACAGUGUUAGAAUCUAUCCAGAAAAACAUUCACUCCUCAUCGCACAUCUUCAAACUUGCCCAAGAUGCAUUCAAAAUAGCAACACUUAUGGACAGCUUGCCGGAUAUCACGCUUUUGAAAGUGUCGCUGGAGCUGGGUCUUCAGGUGAUGCGGAUGACGUUGUCAACAUUGAAUUGGCGGCGGCGGGAGAUGGUGAGAUGGUUGGUAACCUGUGCAACAGAAGUAGGUGUUUAUGCACUGGAUAGCAUCAUGCAAAGCUGGUUUACACUUUUUACUCCAACUGAAGCUACUAGUAUUGUUGCUACCACAGUGAUGUCCAACAGCACCAUAGUCCGCUUGCAUCUCGACUGCCAUCAGCAGGAGAAACUGGCCAGCAGUGCUAGGACGCUUGCUCUUCAGUGUGCCAUGAAGGAUCCUCAGAACUGUGCCCUCUCCGCACUGACCUUAUGUGAAAAGGAUCAUAUAGCUUUUGAGACUGCUUACCAAAUCGUUCUUGAUGCUGCUGCAACCGGCAUGAGCUACACGCAGCUUUUCACUAUAGCACGAUACAUGGAACAUCGUGGUUACCCAAUGCGGGCCUACAAACUAGCCACCUUGGCCAUGACGCAUCUCAACCUGAGUUACAAUCAGGACACGCACCCUGCCAUUAACGAUGUUUUAUGGGCGUGCGCGCUCAGCCAUUCCCUGGGGAAAAAUGAGCUAGCGGCUAUAAUACCUCUGGUGGUCAAAAGUGUCAAAUGUGCAACAGUGCUGUCGGACAUCUUGCGUAGAUGUACUUUGACCACUCCUGGAAUGGUGGGACUUCAUGGGCGGAGGAACUCUGGCAAAAAAUCGUAAUCAUUGGACCAGCCCCCCCCUAAAGGCAACUCCCUGGAUACCACAAUGGUGGAGCAUUAUAUUAAUACCACGCGAUUCUUCGACUCACGACUUUUAUCAGUCCACGGCAUUAUAGUGAGUUUAUAGAAUUCCUGAGUAAGGCCCGAGAGACUUUCUUAAUGGCUCACGACGGACACAUUCAGUUUACACAGUUCAUUGACAACCUAAAACAAAUCUACAAAGGCAAAAAGAAACUGAUGAUGUUAGUCCGUGAACGGUUUGGUUGACAAAAAGUGUGAAUGGGGGGGAGUGGGGGGAAGGGCUGGGAGGGGUGAUAUGUUUUACCCAGGCCUGCCUUUGUAUCAUUUUUUUAACAGCAAAACCAGAGCCACACCGGUAUUAUAUGUGUAUAGUUAUAUACUGAGUUUGCAAAACUAAAUUGUCAUGUUGUGAAAGUUUGUGUAUUUUUUUUCCUUUUUCUGUUUUUGUAUGAAUGAUUGAGAGGCUUAAAAAACAAGUUUGGUUUACACUGAGUAUAUGUUGUCAAGUGGCAAAAGCCCACAGAGCUCUCCUAUUCCUUCUGUAUACGUUCACAGCCUCAAAACAAAAAAAUAUAUAUAUUGCAAUGGCUUUAAAAAGAAGAAGAAAAAAACCAAACAAAACCACCUCCAUCCUGUGAUAAGUACCUCGAAUGGCUCCAGCUUUACUCCUUUGUAACUCAUCCCGACAUUUCAGCAUACUUAAAUGAACCAACCACACAGAAAAUAACAAAUAGUUUCAAAGGCUGACCCUCGUGGCUUUGCAGUGCUUGUUCAUCCGGAAGCAUGGCACACAAUUUGCUUGUGCAUGUGGAAACUUAGCGACUGUCAACAUACAUUCUCAGGGAUUUAUCUGAAAAAAAAAAUUAAAGAAUGAGAGCAUUUAUUGUACUGUAUAUAUAUUAUAGUAUAUGUCGGAAUAUUGAGAAAAAAAUAUAACAUUAACUAAUUUAUAAAAAAAAAUCUAUAAUGCAAAAAUACUUGAAGCUGCAGUAGCUUGGUUUUGAACAAAAAAAGACAAGAAAACGUAUUGGAAAGACACAGGCGCGCCAAGCUUCAGGGCUGGCUCAGGUGAUGAACGAAAAAAAAUGCUGGGCAUCUAUGCAGAGCCGCCUUUUUGGAUUGCAUUGUUGGCUGGAAAUUGGGGGGAAAUUUAUACAUAUAUAUAUAUUUAUAUGGACUGUAUGCAUAUGUGUAUAUAUAUAUAUAUGUAGUGUAUAUAUAUAUGUGUGUGUAUAUAUCUAUCUAUAUGUAUAUAUGUAUGUAUACAAACUUGUUCACUUCUAACUGGCACCGUAGUAAAGAGGGGACAACACAGCCAGAGCAGCAAGCCUUAGCAUUAAUUAAUACAGUCUGCCAGAUUUGGGGUUUGUGCCUCCUAGCCUAGAAAACUUAAGUAUCUUUUUUUUCCCACACAUACACACAGCGUGGUUACAGGUGACUGAACACUGCCUAGUCGCCAUCUGUCGCAGGACUGCAGCCGCAUGGGAUUCUGGUUGCCUGUAGCUUCUCGCUGUGUUGAGAUGAUUAUUACCACUAGUCUUCUGCCCAACAAAUCAGGGAUGAUCUGGAGUGGUAAAGGUUCCCUACCCCUGCCCUAGCUGAUAACUGCACUUGACCAGUAUCCUCUAAAUGGCUCUCGUGUUCCACAGGCCAUGGCGACUGCGUGGCACAGUCUGACCUGUAGCUACCAACAAUGUUUUCCAGAAUGAUUGACAUAAUACAUUACGCCUUUGCAGUGAGCUAAUAAUAAGCUAACCUUUGUGCACAAAUAACAUAUAUAUUAUAUAUAUAUAUAUAAAUAUAUUCUGCAUAGGUAUUUGACUUUGUGCAGGACAGAAAGUUGUGUAGGUAUGACUGUUCGACUUUUCAGUUUGUUUUUUAAAAAAAAUACUUUUAUUUCCUCUCGAAUUACUUCAGACAAAAGCAGCCUUCUCUCUUGCCUUGUCUUAAUGCUUUAAAAUAACCAAACUGGAGAUCUAACUACCAAACUGUUCAUUAUAUUAUUAUACCAACUUUGGUUACAGUAUAGUGUCUUUUACUUUAGCUGAUGGUUCUGUAUCCUUGUGCUUUUUAAAGCAAUUUUUUAACAUUUUGGUGCAAAAGUUGUCCUGUGUCUCUUGUUCCCUUCAUUAGAGAACAUGCUAGAGGUAUGUUUGUAGACUUUUUUUUUGUUUAGAGGGAAAAAAACCUUGUUUCAUGCUCUCCAUUUUAUUUAUUAUACUAGAAAAAAGGUUGUACUUCAUCACCCAUGUAAACAUGCUCAUGAAGUUGAAAGUAAUUAAGAUUUGAUACACUGAUAUCAAUUUAUUUAUGUAACUAAAUCACUGUUUUAUAAACUUGUUAAUGAUCAACAAUUUUUUUGUUUUGAUUAAAAUUAGUUUUUUGAAAGUUGA